AUGUCUUUGCCGUCUCCACCGAAAAGCAGUGCGGCCAGUGCGCGCGGGCUUUCCGCCACCGAGGCCCUCACGCCCCUGAUCGAAUCGACAUACAAAACACCAGAUAUUACAACAUACAUCAACGGUCGGAGAACAGUCAUCAGUAAUGCGAACCCGCACUGGACUCUGUUGGACUACAUUCGCGCGCAACCAAACCUCAAGGGGACCAAGCUGGGGUGUGGCGAAGGCGGCUGUGGCGCGUGCACAGUUGUUCUCCAGGUCCCGGAUCUGCAGUCUGAGAAGAGGAGGAUCAAGCACUUAUCGGUAAAUGCAUGCCUGUUUCCGCUGGUUGGUAUCGACGGCAAACAUGUCAUCACAGUUGAGGGCAUCGGCAAUGUGGGUCGACCACACCCUUUGCAGGAGAGAAUCGCGAAGCUUCAUGGCAGCCAGUGUGGCUUUUGCACACCUGGAAUUGUCAUGAGUCUCUAUGCGGUAGUGCGGAAUGCCUAUGACCCAGAGACGAAGAAGUUCCAUCUUAGCGCUCGCGAGAUCGAGAUGGAGGGCCACUUGGAUGGCAACUUGUGUCGAUGCACUGGAUAUAAGCCGAUUCUGCAAGCUGCAAAGACCUUCGUCACCGAGGAUCUGAAAGGCCAGCUAGCUGAGGAAGACGAGCCAACCACUGCGGAUGCCGAGAAGUAUGAGAAAGAUGUCAUUGAUCUCACGCGUAACGGCUGUGCGGGUCCCUCCAAGGUCUCCUGUGGAAGACCAGGCGGUUGCUGCCGUGAUACACCAUCUGAUAGCAGCUCAACAGACACCAAGUCAGAGACUUCGUCACCACCAACUGAGCCUACAUCAGCUUCAGAAGAUGAACAUGUUCCCGCCAUCCUUGACGCAAGGAAACAGCCGUCUGUGGAUGCUGCCAUCAGUGGCGCCGACUAUGCGAAGCCGCUGAAAAGUAAAGAGACUGGUGCUGCUGCAGAGUCCAAGACUGCUACAUCUACCACCAUAGCACCAGCGGGGAACUCGGAAAAGGGCGUGCCCAAGAUUGAGUUCUUGGAGUAUGUUCCUGAAACGGAGCUCAUAUUUCCACCUGCACUAUGGAAGUAUGAACCACAACCUCUCUGCUACGGGAACGAGAAGAAGAUCUGGUUCAGGCCCACCAGGCUUGAGCAGUUGGUCGAGCUGAAAGAUGCCUACCCUUCUGCGAAGCUUGUGGGCGGCGCUAGUGAGGUGCAAGUGGAAGUUCGCUUCAAGAAUUCCGACUUUUCUGUGUCUGUAUACGUUUCUGAUAUCCCGGAACUGAAGCAGACUAGACUCCCAAUGGAUGCUGAGCUCGAGGUGGCAAAGGAGCUGGUCAUUGCGGCCAACACGCCACUCACUGAGCUGGAAGAACUUUGCAAGAAUAUCUAUGCGAAGCUCGGAAAGCGAGCAAUGGUUCUUGAGGCAUUGCGCAAACAACUGCGAUACUUUGCUGGUCGCCAGAUCCGUAAUGUUGCUUCGCUAGCGGGCAAUAUCGCAACCGCCUCGCCCAUCUCUGAUGCGAAUCCCGUGUUGAUUGCGGCGGGAGCGACACUAGAGGCAGUCAAUAAGAAGGAUGGCAGUGUUGACCUUCCCAUGUCGAAAUUCUUCAUUGCUUAUAGAACGACGACCCUUCCCCCCGACGCAGCUCUACACCGAAUCCGAAUACCCUUUGCCCUGCAAGGCUCCCGGGAGGUUCUCAAAGCGUACAAGCAGGCAAAGCGUAAGGACGACGAUAUUGCGAUUGUCACAGCAGCCUUCCGCGUGCGCCUCGACUCAGAUGGUCUGGUAGAGGAUUCUUCCAUUGUGUUCGGUGGAAUGGCGCCUAUGACGAAGGAGUCACCAAAGACACAGAGCGCUCUUCUGGGGAAGCCAUGGUUCCAUUCCGAGACGCUCGAUGCUGCCCUUACCGCGUUGCUACAAGAUUACGAUCUUCCUUACGGCGUUCCGGGUGGCAUGGCGGACUACCGCAAGACGCUCACACUCUCGCUCUUUUUCCGCUUCUGGCAUGAGUCGGCUGCUGAUCUUGGCCUCGGCAAGGUUGACGAGCAGGUUAUCGAUGAAAUUCACCGCGAGAUUUCCAGUGGUACCCGAGAUGACUACAACCCGCAUGAACAACGUGUAGUAGGCAAGCAAGUGCCGCAUUUGUCCGCCUUGAAGCAGUGUACGGGAGAGGCCGAGUAUGUCGAUGACAUGCCAAGAGUAGACCGGGAAUUAUUUGGUGGUCUCGUCAUGUCAACAAAAGCACACGCGAAGAUCCUAAGCAUCGAUUGGGAGCCAGCGCUCCAAAUGUCUGGUGUCGCUGGCUACAUUGACAAGAACAGCAUCUCCGCCGAGGCCAACAUUUGGGGCUCGAUCAAGAAAGACGAACCGUUCUUCGCCGUGGACAAGGUGCUAUCGCAUGGUCAGGUCAUUGGUAUGGUCUAUGCUGAAACAGCGCUGGAGGCCCAAGCAGCUGCUCGAGCCGUCAAAGUCGAAUACGAAGACCUUCCUCCGAUUCUCACCAUCGAUGAAGCUAUAGCGGCCGAAAGCUUUUUUCCGCACGGAAAAUUCUUGCGCAAGGGUCUUGCUAUUGACGAUAAAAUGGCGGACGCCUUCGCGCAAUGCGACAAGAUCUUUGAGGGCAUGAGCCGGUUGGGCGGCCAAGAACACUUUUACUUGGAGACCAACGCGGCGCUUUCGAUACCAUCUGGUGAAGACGGGGCUAUCGAGGUGUGGUCAUCUACCCAGAACACCAUGGAAACUCAGGAGUUUGUCAGUUCGGUUUUGGGCAUACCAAGCAAUCGCGUCAAUUCCCGUGUCAAGCGCAUGGGAGGUGGCUUUGGCGGCAAAGAGUCUCGAAGCGUACCAUUUGCAGUCUACACCGCGAUAGCUGCUAAUAAAGAGAAACGACCAGUGCGAAUCAUGCUGAAUCGAGAUGAAGAUAUGCUGCUCAGCGGCCAGAGACAUCCAUUCAAGGCACAGUGGAAGGUCGGAGUCUCGAAGGAAGGCAAGCUGAUCGCUCUCGAAGUCGACAUGUACAACAAUGGCGGUUUCUCUCAGGAUAUGAGCGGAGCCGUUAUGGAUCGUUGCUUGACGCACAUCGAUAAUGCUUAUGAGUGUCCGAAUGUGUUCUUGCGCGGUCAUGUAUGUCGGACCAACAUCCACAGCAACACGGCUUACCGAGGAUUCGGUGCGCCACAGGGAAUGUACUUCUCCGAGACCAUCAUGUACAAUAUCGCUGAAGGUCUGGGCAUGGAUGUUGAUGAGCUGCGACAAAAGAACUUGUACAAGCCUGGACAACACACGCCUUUCUUCCAAAAGAUUGACGAGGACUGGCACGUACCGAUGCUAUUGCACCAACUGAGUCGAUCAUCCGACUACGAAAAGAGAAAGGCUUCAAUCAAAGAGUUCAACUCAAAGAACCGAUGGAGGAAGCGAGGCAUCUGUCUUGUUCCGUCCAAGUUUGGUCUCAGUUUCGCCACAGCUCUGCAUCUCAACCAGGCUGCUGCAUACGUCAAGAUCUAUCACGACGGGAGUGUCUUGUUGCACCACGGAGGAACAGAGAUGGGGCAAGGGCUAUACACAAAGAUGUGCCAGAUAGCCGCACAAGAGCUCGGUACUCCCCUCGAUGCUAUCUAUACCCAGGACAGCCAGACGUACCAGAUUGCUAACGCUUCGCCUACCGCUGCCUCAUCCGGAUCUGAUCUCAACGGCAUGGCUGUCAAGGACGCCUGUGACCAGAUCAAUAAAAGGUUACAACCCUACCGCGAGAAGCUGGGCAAAGAUGCUCCACUCAAGGAGCUUGCACAUGCCGCCUAUGUCGACCGGGUCAAUCUCGCUGCUAACGGAUUCUGGAAAAUGCCAAAGGUUGGCUACACCUGGGGCGACACGAACUUGGAGACAGUCAAACCCAUGUACUACUAUUGGACCCAAGGAGCGGCCUGUUCCGAGGUUGAGCUCGACCUUCUCACUGGCGAUCACACUGUUCUACGAAGUGACAUCAUGAUGGACGUUGGCAACUCGAUCAAUCCAGCGAUAGACUACGGCCAGAUCGAAGGCGCUUUCAUUCAAGGCCAAGGUCUCUUCACUAUCGAAGAAAGUCUCUGGACCCAGUCUGGCCAACUCUUCACCCGCGGCCCAGGCACCUACAAGAUCCCGGGUUUCUCCGAUAUUCCGCAGAUCUUCAACGCCAGCAUGCUACGCAACGAUAACGAGGGCAAGCCGUUGAGCUGGCAUCAUCUGAGGACUGUACAGAGUUCAAAGGGAAUUGGGGAACCCCCCCUAUUCCUAGGCAGUACAGUCUUCUUUGCACUACGAGAGGCAGUAAUUGCUGCUAGGAGGAUGAACGGAAAGGAGGUUGGUGGGGACGCAGGGGUUUGGAACCUGGAUAGUCCUGCCACGUGUGAGAGGUUGAGACUAGCAGUUGGAGAUGAGCUUGCGGAGAGGGCGAAAACGGUGAGAAAGGAGGGUGAGAAGGGUUUCUUGGUUGCUGUUGCGUAAGGAUUGGUCUACAAAUGAACACUUGCCCUAUC